AUGUUAUCUUUUAAAAGAGAUCAGAAUAAACGUACCCGGUCGUAUGUAGAAGAAGCGUUUCGUUUAAUCCAAGAAAAACCGGAUGUUGUCGACACUAUGAUAUUGAAUAACCAAGGGAACCCCAUAAAAACCUCAAUGGAACCUAAUCUGUCGCUACAAUACGCGGGCUUAUUUGAAAUUUUACGUGAUAAAGUUACGAUUGGCAUACAAAAGAUCCAUCCGGGUGACGAGUUGUUAAUGCUACGAGUUCGCACAACUUCUAAUGAAAUUAUAUUGGUGCCCGAUGGCAAAAUCACGGCAUUAGUUAUUCAAAAAGCGCAAGAUCGUUUCAAUACAUAA